AUGGAUGACUACGAUGUCGUGCUAGGAAUGGAGUUCAUAGACGAGGUAAAAGCAUUUCCCAUUCCAUUCUACAAUACUAUGUGCAUUGCAAAGGGUGGAGCAAUGCCAUGCAUGGUGCCAGUGAUGAGGCAACAAGGCGAGUCGAAGCUCUUGUCAGUCAUGCAACUUUCCAAGUCUUGGAAGAAGGGCGAAUCGAAGUUCCUUGGGACUAUGAAGAUGUACACAGUUGAGAAGGAAGUCAAACCAGUCCUGAAAGUGAGGGAUGCAGUCCUUAAGGCAUUUGCAGAGGUCAAGGAGUUGCCCAAAACCUUACCACCUAGGAGGAAAGUGGAUCAUGCCUACGAUGAGUUGAAGAGGGCACUUAUAGAGGAACUAAUGCUGAGACUACCCGAUCUUAGCAAACCUUUUGAGGUACACACUGAUGCAUCAGAUUAUGCUAUUGGUGAUGUACUCAUGCAGGAUGGACACCCAUUGGCUUUCAAGAGUCGGAAGCUCAAUGACAAGGAGCAGAGGAUACGAGAGGGCUUGUUGCAUGAUCCCUAA